AUGGCCCUGGCCCUAGCGGGUUCAGCAUGGGCGGCCAACUCUACCUACCAUAACCCCAUCCUCCCCGGCUGGCAUUCCGACCCCUCCUGCGUCCAAGUUGAGGGGACCUUCUACUGUGUCACCUCCACCUUCAUCUCCUUCCCAGGUCUCCCGAUCUACGCCUCUCGCGAUCUCCUCAACUGGAAGCAUGUCAGCCACGUCUGGAACCGCGAAGCCCAGCUUCCCGGCUAUAGCUGGGCCACCGCCGGCCAACAAAACGGCAUGUACGCCGCCACUAUCCGACACCGCGACGGCGUCUUCUACGUCAUCUGUGAAUACCUCGGCGUCGCCAACAAAGACGCCGGUGUAAUCUUCACCACCACCAACCCCCUCGACGACGCCUCCUGGAGCAACGCCGUAACCUUCCCCGCGCCCAAAAUCGACCCAGACCUAUUCUGGGACGACAACGGCCAAGCCUACGUCGCCACCCAAGGCGUCCAACUCCAAGCCAUCGAUACCACCACCGGCGAGGUCAGCGAACCCGCCAUCCCCCUCUGGAACGGCACCGGCGGCGUCUGGCCCGAGGGUCCCCACAUCUACCACCGCCAGCACGGCAACGAAAGCUACUACUACCUGAUGAUCGCCGAAGGCGGCACCGCCGAGGACCACUCCAUCACCAUCGCACGCUCGCGCAACCUCACAGGGCCGUACACGGCGUUUGAGAACAACCCGAUCCUGACCAACCGCGGCACGAACGAGUACUUCCAGACCGUGGGGCAUGGCGACCUGUUCCAGGACACGAAAGGCAACUGGUGGGGCGUGGCGCUCGCGACACGGUCCGGGCCGGAGUUUGUGUCGUAUCCGAUGGGAAGGGAGACGGUGUUGUAUCCCGCGACGUGGAAUGUGGAUGUCAAUGGCGGGUGGCCGGUGUUGCAGCCGGUGCGGGGUGAGAUGGAAGGGUGGGAGUUGCCGGAGCCGACGAGGGAUGUGCCGGGGACGGGGCCGUUUGUGGAUGAUCCGGAUGUUUAUGAUUUUGGGGAGGAGAAGGGAGUGGGGAAGAAGGGGAAGGAGGGGGAGAUUCCGAGGAAUUUGGUGUACUGGCGUGUGCCGAAAAAGGGGGCGGUUUCUGUGGUUAAGGGCAAGGGACUCCGCCUGGUGCCGGGGAGGACCAGUUUGUCCGGAGAGCCCGGCGGUUCGGACCCGGCUUCGAAGGCCAUCUCGUUCAUUGGGCGCAGGCAGACCGACAGCUUGUUUACCUAUUCCGUGGACCUGGAUUUUGAUCCCAAGAAGGAUGGCCAGGAGGCCGGGGUCACGGCAUUCUUGACGCAGAUGUCCAACAUCCAAUUGGGCUUGGCGAACGUGGAUGGGGAACUGAGCUUCCGUUUCAAUGUCUCGGGCAAGGUUAAAACCAAGGCGGUGCCGAAGAAGUGGAAGAACAAGACGGUACGAUUGGAGAUCAAGCUGGCCGAGCCCGGUACAGAGUACACUUUCUCUGCCUCGUUAGCGGACGGUUCAAAGGACGAUAAGGUCACGCUCGGCACGGGGUCAGUGAAACUGCUGAGCGGAGGAUCCGGCUCGUUCGUCGGGACGUUGAUCGGGGUAUAUGCGACGUGCAACGGGGCCGGAAAGGGACCCGAAUGUCCCUCCGAGACGCCGGAUGCCUACUUCACACGCUGGCGGUACACCGGGAACGGGCAGUACAUUUCGGCUGAGGAGUUGAUUCCGAGCGUAUUCACCCGCCCGAACUAA